AUAUAUAUAUAUAUAUAUAUUUAUAUUUUAUAUAACAAUCAUGACAUCUACCAUUGAUGAUAGUGACAAAGAAAAGGCCCUCUCUGUGUCUGUGGACCUUAACAACGACACCUCUCUACUCAUCGACAUUCCUGAUGCACUCUGCGAACGAGACAAAGUCAAGUUCACUGUCCACACCAAGACCACCCUGAGCUCCUUUCAGAAGCCAGACUUCUCUGUUCCUAGGCAACAUGAGGACUUUAUCUGGCUCCAUGACGCUCUGGUUGAAACUGAAGACUACGCUGGGCUCAUCAUCCCUCCAGCGCCCCCGAAGCCAGACUUUGAGAGCCCCAGGGAGAAGAUGCAUAAACUGGGCGAGGGAGAAGCCACCAUGACCAAGGAGGAAUACACCAAGAUGAAGCAGGAGUUGGAGGCUGAGUACCUGGCUGUUUUCAAGAAGACUGUUCAAGUCCACGAAGUAUUUCUGCAGCGUCUAUCUUCUCACCCCAUCCUGAGCAAGGACAGAAACUUCCAGAUAUUCCUGGAGUAUGACCAGGAUCUGAGCGUACGGAGGAAAAAUGCCAAGGAGACGUUUGGGAGUUUCUUUAAGAACAUGGUGAAGAGUGCUGAUGAGGUCAUCAUCUCAGGGAUAAAGGAAGUAGAUGAUUUCUUUGAGCAGGAGAAGACCUUCCUGCUUGAUUAUUCGUCCAAGAUCAAAGAAUCCACUGCCAGGGCGGAGAAGAUGACCCGCUCCCACAAAAAUGUUGCUGAUGAUUACAUUCACAUCUCUUCUACUUUGAGCAGUCUCUCUGUCGAUGACAACACAGCACUUAAAAAGCACUUUGAGAAGUUAUCUGACCUGUUUGAGAAACUCCGGAAAGUGGAGGGUAGAGUGGCGUCGGACCAGGAGCUGAAGCUCACAGAGCUGCUACGCUACUACAUGAGGGACAUCCAGGCAGCCAAGGACCUGUUGUACAGACGGGCCAGGACCCAGGCAGACUAUGAGAACAGUAACAAGGCUCUGGAUAAGGCCCGGCUGAAGAGUAAAGCUGUUGCUGCAGCGGAGGACCAACAACAACAGUGUCUGCAGAGGUUUAACAAGCUUUCUGAGUCGGGAAAAAGAGAGCUGACCAGUUUUAAGGGCAGGAGAGUGGUGGCUUUCCGGAAGAAUCUAAUAGAGAUGGCUGAGCUGGAGAUUAAGCAUGCUAAGAACAACAUGUCUCUGCUGCAGGACUGCAUUGAGCUUUUCAAGAGCAGCUGAGCCACUGGUCUCUUACCAACCCUCCCAGACCACUGACCAGCUGGGCUUGGCGCCAGUCUGUUUCUGCUCUCUUGCCUACUCCUUAUGGAAUCGUUGUGCAAAACCGUGACUGGAGUAGGAGAAAAUCACAAACUGGAUCUGGGACCAGGAUACUGACCAGCAGGCUUUGAGAAGGGAACCUGGAUACCCCUCCUCUCCACCCCACAUGUGUCAAACUCAUUCCACGAUGGAUUUUCGCUCCACCCUUGUACUUGAUUGAUGAAUUAAGGUCACUAAUUAGUAAAGAACUCUCCUCACCUGGAUGUCUAGAGCUUCAUUGAAAGGAAAAAACAAAAACCCUUGGCCGCUUGGCCCUCGGUGGAAUGAGUUUGACACCCCUCUACUCCUGGGGGAACCUGGAUACCCAAUGCCCUAUACCCUCUUCCUCCAGGGGAACUUGGGUCGUGUUCAUUAGGUCACACAUUUGAAAAACUUCCCUUUGCAACGGGAAAACAUUUUUUUUUUUUUUGGACAAGAUAGUUCCUCCCCCGUUUCACUCAUUUGCGGGGAGUUUUGUGCCUUGAACCUGAUCCUGGAUACUCCCUUCCUCCAUCCCAAAAAUGCCACUUCAGAAACCUGCAUGUGUCUGUUAUGACUGUUUUCUGCCUGGAUGUUUAGUCUCUGUCCACCUGCCCCUCCGUGUCUCCUUCUACCCCCUCCGUGUCCCAUGGAACACUCCCCCUUUAGUGAUGACAGCAUUCCAGAACAGGGAGAAUCCAGCAUCCUGUCCACCUGCCCCUCCAUGUCUCCUUCUACCCCCUCCGUGUCCCAUGGAACACUCCCCCUUUAGUGAUGACAGCAUUCCAGAACAGGGAGAAUCCAGCAUCCUGUCCACCUGCCCCUCCAUGUCUCCUUCUACCCCUUCCGUGUCCCAUGGAACACUCCCCCUUUAGUGAUGACAGCAUUCCAGAACAGGGAGAAUCCAGCAUCCUG